UCCUGUUCAGUGACGUCACUGGGCACUGAUCACAUGGGCACCGAAACGCUCCGUCUGGAAAAAUUUGUGGAAUAACGAAGUCAUUGCUAAUAAUAACUGCGGCACAACACUUCGUAUUCACGUCGGACGUCUGUGGGUGGUUUUUUAUCUUCCCCUCCCGUCGAAGGCUGACUCUCCCGGCUUCAUAUAUAAGCUAAAUGUGUCCACCAUGGAGGACCUGUGGAUAUUUACGGACCGUGUUUCCCACCAGGAAGCCCCGCAGCCGCCACUGUGCGCCGGCAGCAGUUAGCAAAUGUUGAUUUAUUUCUAAACCUCAGCCUUCAUAUUCAAUUUUGUCGGAGGAGCGGAACAACAGCGACAAAGGGUGCCUUCAGGGUCUGUUAUGCGAGACGACAUGUCCGGAACAAGACUGUGAUUGUUGGUUUUAUCUGGCCUGAAAGAGAUUUGUUUUAAUCCACCAUGAAGUCGUCCCUGGCCCCCGGAAUACGGCUUAUCACGUCCUUUUCCCGGGACAGCUGGUACAGAGGCUUCAUUCUUUUGCUCACCUUCCUCUUCUACACCGCCUACCACUUGUCACGGAAACCUAUCAGCAUUGUGAAGAGUCAACUUCACAGAAACUGCAGUGGUCUCAUCCCGCCAGCAGACUUCAACAUUACCAACAAUGUCACCUGGUGCAACUGGGCACCUUUUGACCAGGACAACUACAAAACACUCUUUGGGGCCUUGGAUAAUUCCUUCCUGGUGGCCUACGCCAUAGGCAUGUUUUUCAGCGGGAUGUUUGGCGAGCGCCUGCCAUUGCGCUACUACCUGAGUUUCGGCAUGCUGAUGAGCGGCGUGUUCACUUGCUUGUUGGGUCUGGGAUUCUACUGGAACAUUCACUCCUUCGGCUACUACGCCUCCAUCCAGGUGAUGAACGGCCUGAUGCAGACGACUGGCUGGCCUGCUGUGGUGGCGUGUGUCGGCAACUGGUUUGGAAAGGGGAAGCGCGGUUUAAUCAUGGGCGUGUGGAACUCCCACACCUCAGUGGGCAACAUCCUGGGCUCGCUCAUCGCCGGCGUGUACGUGUCGUCGUCGUGGGGCAUGUCCUUCAUCGUGCCGGGCCUCAUCAUCGCCUCCACCGGCGUCCUGUGCUUCUUCUUCCUGGUGGAAAGACCCGAAGACGUGGACUGCACUCUACCUCAGCAUCACAAUGACUUGGAAAGUGGUGAGACAGAGCCUCUCCUGCAGAACUCGGCACCAGUUAGCAACGGUUCCAUCGCCACGGAGGUGCCGGAGAUCCACUCUGAACAUUCGGAGGCCAUCAGCUUCUGUGGAGCUCUCAGUAUUCCUGGCGUGCUGGAGUUCUCCUUGUGUCUGCUCUUUGCCAAGCUGGUCAGCUACACCUUCCUCUACUGGCUUCCUCUCUACAUCUCCAACGUCGCGCAUUUUGACGCAAAAGAAGCCGGAGACAUGUCAACGCUGUUUGAUGUUGGAGGAAUUGUGGGCGGAAUCAUGGCGGGCCUCGUGUCCGACUACACCGGCGGGAGAGCCACGACGUGUUGCGUCAUGUUGCUGGCUGCUGCGCCCAUGCUUUUUCUCUACAAUUCCAUUGGACAAAGGAGCCUCGGCACGACAAUUGGCAUGCUGCUGCUGUGUGGAGGUUUGGUGAACGGACCGUACGCCCUCAUCACCACUGCUGUGUCUGCCGACCUCGGCACACAUGAGAGUCUGAGAGGAAACUCCAGAGCUUUGUCCACAGUGACGGCCAUCAUUGACGGGACGGGGUCAGUAGGAGCCGCGUUGGGCCCCCUGCUGGCCGGAGUGAUCUCGCCGUACGGCUGGAACAACGUUUUCUACAUGCUCAUCUCGGCCGACGUGCUGGCCUGCUUGUUUUUGUCCAGGCUUGUUUUCAAAGAAGCUCAAGGCUGGUGUGGACGUCUUCCUCGAAUCAGAGGGUACAAAGAAACUUAAACUGAGGAGCGACACAACGACCUCUUUUAACUUCCUGUGACGUCUUUCUUCAAAGUGACGAUUGAAGCCUUCUUUUAUUGCUCAUUCUAACGUGCUUGUUUGAAUGUUCUUUUAUCAUUAAAAUGUACAUACAUGCCUUGUA